UAUAUAAAUAGCUAGCCCGUAGUGAGCACAAUCAUCAGUUGCCGCUGAAGUUUGGAGAAAGAAGAACCAGCCUAGAAAAAAAUACAAAUUCGAAAAAUCAGAAAAAUGAUGAAACUAUUUGUAAUUAUACUUUUGGCUACUUUGGCUUUUGUCAAGGCUUCUCCUCCUUGUUUGGGAUGUCCCACCCCUUUGGAAGACGAAAAGGGUUUUGAAAAGGCUACCAAUCUUCUCAAGAAUUCCUUGGCCAAAUUGGCUGCUGGUGAGGGCCCCAAUUACACGCUUGUCAAAGUGAACUCAGCCUCCGAACAAGUGGUACGUGGUUUAAUGUACAAAAUCAAUGCUGAUAUAGCUGAUGAGAAAAAUAACACCAAGACCUGUGAUAUUGAAAUUGUGAACUUCCAAGGCUAUGAAGUCACCUUUAACUGUCCCAAAGAACCUGAAGUUAAGAGAACUCAUGCUUAAAUUGUUUAUGUUAAUUAUGGAUUAAAAAUAAAUGUUAGAUGUAUAAACAAAA